CAACAUCCGGGUAGUUGUUAGAACAAAAUUGGCGGUUUGCGUUUCGUCUUUCGUAUUGCCGACCGAACUUUGUGAAAUGUAGUUUAACACGUGUGGACAUCGAGUGAAACGUAUCUGGACCUACUCGCGUGACUUUAUCCCCCUCGGCAGUUUUUUUGGUGAAGUCGUGAACAGUUUGUUCAAAUGUGAGUUAUGUUUUCAAACUCUAAAAAAGUUCCGAAAGCUAGUUAGCCGACAGUGAACUCUGCGGCUAGCAGCUAAAGCUCGCGUUGCUUCUUCCCUCGGAACAAUGGCGAACCCGGUGCUGUUGCAGAAAAAGAAUGGACGGUAUCUGUGGUUUUCUCUCCUUGGGCUCGGACUUCAUCCAGACACUGCGGUGUCGUUCAUCGCCGGCAAAACGAGCAAUGCUAAACACAUUAACCUGGGACCGAACAUGUUCGACAAACCAAACAAGGAUGCCUUCUACAUAGUCGCCUAUUUCCUGUUGGAGAGACUCAACCCGACACGUUUUAAAGAGGCAUACAGGCACUGCUGGCCUGUUUUGAGCCACAAAGCAGAUGCUGAGUUCCGCAAAAUUACCUGCGCGUGGCUGCGAGAAAUAAUGGAUGAGACUGCAAAUGCAGGAUCCAAAGUGUUGGCCUCUUUGUUCCUCUCACCCGGGGGCCCCAAGUUUACCACUUUGAUGCUUCACUUAGCCAACCAUGUCAUGCUGCAAGAAAUGAAGACUUUCACCACAGAGGACAGCUGGGUUCCUGAGGCCACAGCGAUGCCUGCUACCUCCCUGGACAUGGCAACGAAGAGGCUCAACCUGAUCCAUACCAGGUUUUUGAAAGCUGCAGUGGCUCAGGAUCGUUUUCUUCACGACUACCAGAGACGAGCACAGGUCUUGGUGAAGUCAAUAAGGGACAUAAGAGCAGAGGGUGCGAAGUACGACGAGCUACUCAAGCGUCACAGCAGUGACUCGACACAGGAGGGAGUUUCUUUAGCAGAGAAGGCCAAAGGGGUGCGCUCCUUGUGGUCUGACAUUGAUGGAAUGCUGUCAGCUACCAAAGAGGAGCAGCAUGUACUGGAAAGUGUAUUAAAGGGGGAUGUAGAUCAAUACAUCCUGGACGGGACGGAUCGAGUCCUGAAUAUUCCUCGCAGUCUUCUCGAUAGAAUUGAACAGCUCCCACAUCAGUUGAGUUCGGGUAAUGUGUAUGAGGCUGGCCAGCUGAACCUCCUGUGUGUGUUGGAGCUGAUGAACCAUGCGCUGCAGCUCUUGAUGGAGGCGCGCUGUCGGGUCUCUCAUGCCCCAAUGCCUCAGCUCAGUCCUCCACAACUGCAGGAGAAAUGUCAGCAGAUGGCCCGUGCGCUGCAGAACCUUCACCUCAUCAGACGGAGGAUUUCCAAGGAAGAAAUUCCUGAGGCCCGGAGUACCAUCCGAGAGUUGGAGGUUGCGUGGGACAGGAAGUGGAUGGAUACUUUGAAAGACACACCACUAGUCUCUUUUCUGAAUGAAGAUCCUGCUCUUUGCUUCCUCUCACCAAUGGCUCCACUGUCUUUUGAACCGGCGGCUGGCGCUAGCUACAGAAGUAGUGUCUUCUCUCAGUACCCUGCAACGCUUCUUGAGAAGCCUGCCGAGAGUAAAUUACCGGACAGCAUCCCUCCAAGUUAUACGACCCGUAAAAGGAGUGAAAGUCCUAUUGUCACUACUCAUGCGUCACAAGCAAACAGCUCUCUCGACUGGCUUUUCGACGUACCUUCCUCCCCUCCUCCGAGGGCUCCACCAGUAUCACCACCUCAGGCCAGUGUGAGGAAGACGGUCUGUUUUCACCAGAAGGCGGCUCCAAUGAGGACCGACACUCAAGAUAGGAGCACCAAAAUAUUAGACAUGGAAUGUGAUAACCUCGCUGAUCAGUUUGCAGAUGCUGUAACUACAACCAGUCCCACAGAAGGCAAAGUCAAAGGUCUGGACUUGGAUGGCCUUCUAGGCACUCUUCAUGGAGAUCCCUUCUCUACUCGAAAGCAGCUGCAACGUACACCUGAGAGCUUGAUUUUGGAUGUGAAGACCUCCUGGCGCAAGGCAGUUGAGGAAGACAAAGCUGAGAAAAUCGUGCUACUAUCUAAGUUUAAUGAGGGCGUAAAGGGGGUCCUCACUCCUCUCCAUGAGCAGCCAGUCUCCUUCAAAUCCUCUCUGUUGUGGGAUACCUUCAACACUGAGGCCCUUGACUGCUUGAGUGGCAUAGGCAGCAGUGCAGUCCUGUACAGCCUCGACCAAGAAACACUACCCGAAAUGCCGAGCUGUGACAGUCUGCUGAGCCUCGACGAUGAAGAGGAGUAUGACGAUGAGCUCCUGAUGCCCUCCGUGAACACUGAGACGCCGUCGCCGCUGACCAAACGUCAUAGUCUGGAUCAGAUCCAGCAGGAAUGCGGUAACGGCUCCUUUAUGGAGAACAGGAUGAGGAUGCCUGAGUGUCUUAACCAGAAACCGUGUGAAUGGACAGAAGAUGGAGACUGGCAAAUGGAGCCUUCAAAGUCGGUGAAAGUCGCAGACACUGUCUUCUCUCUGGACCUAGACACACUGGGGACGCCUUCACCCCCCAAGAAGAAGGAGUACAGCCUCCCAAAACUGAUCACAUUCUCCCCGAUGGAUGACAUGAAGUGUUGACUCCAUUCAUAUUAAAACCACUUUGUCUACUUAUUUUAAUGUAAUAUUUGUUCACAGCUGUAAAAUAAACUUUUGUCAUACUAAAUGUU